GACGGCCGGCGGCGGCGGCGGCGGCCGGGAGAGGCCCCUCCUUCACGCCCUCCUUCCCUCACUCGCAGCCGAGCGGAGCCGGCGGACGCGGCUGGGCCCUGACCCUCUCCCGGGCCAUGGCCGGCAACGUGAAAAAGAGCUCUGGGGCCGGGGGCGGCGGCGGCUCCGGGGGCUCCGGCGGCCUGAUCGGGCUCAUGAAGGACGCCUUCCAGCCGCACCACCACCACCACCACCACCUCAGCCCCCACCCGCCGGGGACCGUGGACAAGAAGAUGGUGGAGAAGUGCUGGAAGCUCAUGGACAAGGUGGUGCGGUUGUGUCAGAACCCAAAGCUGGCGCUAAAGAAUAGCCCACCUUAUAUCUUAGACCUGCUGCCAGAUACCUACCAGCAUCUCCGCACUAUCUUGUCAAGAUAUGAGGGGAAGAUGGAGACACUUGGAGAAAAUGAGUAUUUUAGGGUGUUCAUGGAGAAUUUGAUGAAGAAAACUAAGCAGACCAUAAGCCUCUUCAAGGAGGGGAAAGAAAGAAUGUAUGAGGAGAAUUCUCAGCCUAGGCGAAACCUGACCAAACUGUCCCUGAUCUUCAGCCACAUGCUGGCAGAACUAAAAGGAAUCUUCCCAAGUGGACUCUUUCAAGGAGACACGUUUCGGAUUACUAAAGCAGAUGCUGCAGAAUUUUGGAGAAAAGCUUUUGGGGAAAAGACGAUAGUCCCUUGGAAGAGCUUCAGACAGGCCCUUCAUGAAGUACAUCCCAUCAGUUCUGGGCUGGAGGCCAUGGCUCUGAAAUCCACUAUUGAUCUGACCUGCAAUGAUUAUAUUUCAGUUUUUGAAUUCGACAUCUUUACAAGACUCUUUCAGCCCUGGUCCUCUUUGCUCAGGAACUGGAAUAGCCUUGCUGUAACUCAUCCUGGUUACAUGGCUUUCCUGACAUAUGAUGAAGUGAAAGCACGACUCCAGAAAUUCAUUCACAAACCUGGCAGUUACAUUUUCCGGCUGAGCUGUACCCGUCUGGGUCAGUGGGCUAUUGGGUAUGUCACUGCUGAUGGGAACAUUCUUCAGACAAUCCCUCACAAUAAACCUCUCUUCCAAGCGCUGAUUGAUGGCUUCAGGGAAGGCUUCUAUUUGUUUCCUGAUGGACGGAAUCAGAAUCCCGACCUGACAGGCUUAUGUGAACCAACUCCUCAAGACCACAUCAAAGUGACCCAGGAGCAAUAUGAAUUAUACUGUGAGAUGGGCUCCACAUUCCAACUGUGUAAAAUAUGUGCUGAGAAUGAUAAAGAUGUGAAGAUCGAGCCCUGUGGCCACCUCAUGUGCACAUCCUGUCUAACAUCCUGGCAGGAAUCAGAAGGCCAGGGCUGUCCUUUCUGCCGAUGUGAAAUUAAAGGUACUGAGCCCAUUGUGGUUGAUCCCUUUGAUCCUAGAGGAAGUGGCAGCCUGUUGAGGCAAGGAGCAGAGGGAGCUCCCUCCCCAAACUAUGAUGAUGAUGAUGAUGAACGAGCUGAUGAUUCUCUCUUCAUGAUGAAGGAAUUGGCUGGUGCCAAGCCUACUUGGACAAGCUUAUCAGCUAUUCAUCACCCUGCUGUGGGCAGGGAAAUGGAAAAGGUGGAACGACCUCCUUCUCCAUUCUCCAUGGCCCCGCAAGCUUCCCUUCCCCCAGUGCCACCACGACUUGACCUUCUGCAGCAGCGAAUAUCUAUCCCUUCAAGUGCUUCUGUUCUUGGAACUGCUUCUAAGGCUCCUUCUGGCUCUCUUCAUAAGGACAAACCAUUACCAAUACCUCCCACUCUUCGAGAUCUUCCACCGCCACCCCCUCCAGACCGGCCGUAUUCUGGUGGAGCAGAAACCCGGCCUCAGAGACGCCCCUUGCCUUGUACACCGGGCGACUGUCCUUCCAGAGACAAACUGCCCCCUGUCCCCUCUGGCCGCAUUGGAGAAACGUCGUGGCUGCAUCGGCCAGUCCCCAAAGUACCAGUAGUUGCCCCAAAUCCUAGUGACCCCUGGACAGGGAGAGAAUUAACCAACCGGCAUUCACUUCCAUUUUCAUUGCCCUCACAAAUGGAACCCAGAACCGAUACGCCUAGGCUCGGAAGCACAUUCAAUCUGGAUACCUCCAUGAAUAUGAAUAGCAGCCCAUUAGCAGGUGCAGAGUGUGAGCAUCCCAAAAUCAAACCUUCCGCAUCUGCCAAUGCCAUUUAUUCUCUGGCUGCCAGACCUCUUCCUGUGCCAAAGCUGCCCCCUGGGGAGCAGUGUGAAAGUGAAGAGGACACAGAGUAUAUGACUCCUUCCUCUAGGCCCGUGGGACUUCAAAAGCCAGAAGUGAAGUGGCCUCCGGAGAUAGCGCAGAGUUCACGAACGUGUGACUGUGACCAGCAGAUGGAUAGCUGCACAUACGAAGCCAUGUAUAAUAUUCAGUCCCAGGUGGCACCGUCCGUCACAGAGAGUGGUACCUUUGGUGACGGGAAUUUGGCUGCAGCCCAUGCCAACACUGGCCCUGAGGAGUCAGAAAAUGAAGAGGACGGGUAUGAUGUCCCCAAGCCACCCGUGCCUGCGGUGCUGGCCCGCCGCACGCUCUCCGACAUCUCCAACGCCAGUUCCUCCUUUGGCUGGCUGUCCCUGGAAGGUGAUCCCCCAGCACACUUCACUGAGAGUGCCCAGGUUCCUGAGAGGCCACCCAAGCCGUUCCCUCGGAGAAUCAACUCUGAACGGAAAGCAGGCAGCUGUCAGCAGAGCAGUGCUGCCGCCUCAGCCGCCGCCUCCCCGCAGCUCUCCAGCGAGAUCGAGAGCCUCCUGAGUCAGGGCUACUCCUAUCAGGACAUUCAGAAAGCCUUGGUCAUUGCCCACAACAACAUUGAAAUGGCCAAAAACAUCCUCCGGGAAUUCGUUUCUAUUUCUUCUCCAGCCCAUGUUGCCACCUAGCACACCCCCUCCCUGCUGCAGCUUAGAAGACCGAGGAGCCGGGAGCUCUUGCUCAAGUAGCACCUGAAAGGGCGGCUAGGUUCCUUUGGAAACUUCACAGUGAGAUCUUACCCUGUCUGUGGGGUAUCACAUCUGUGGUUCCAAGAUUUCAAAGCAGUGGACUGAGGACGGAACAGCUAGGAGGCUUGAUUCUUUUCUUUGUUUUAAGAGUGCAUUUGAAGGUGUCCUUCAGUUCCCACUUGGAAAGAGUGGAUUUUUGUGAAAUGGUAGCCUACCUGGGGAACAGUCCAGAAAGCAGAAGUACUGUGCUGUAAAUCCUAAUUGAGGACUUAAGACUUUCUUGGGUUAAGGAUAUGGUUGUGUGCGUUUUGUCCGUCUGUCUGUGGUUGUGUGUCCUGUGAUUAUAAGAUUAACCUGCUGUGUGUGUAAAUUCCAGGCAGGGAAUUAGCACAAGAGGUUUAGGAAGGAAUCUUAAAGACUUCCAUCUACUGUGGUUUUCUCCCCAACCCCAGCGUGCGUUGCAACUCAGACACUCCCCUCUGGCUUAGAUUACCAUGUGCAUAGCUGAAGUCUUGUAUUUUUAGAACACCUCCCCUCCACCCCCACCCCGCUCUGUCUUUUCCCUGUCUCCUCGGUCCUCCUUCUCCUUAGUGUCCGUCAUUGGCGGUGGGCUUGCUAUGAUCAGCCUCACUGACGCCAAGCAGCUUAUAGGAUGUUCUUUAUAAUGUGUGAUGGUGUUGGUUUGUUUGGUAGAUAGAUGGGGAAAAAGUACUGUUGCUCUGUCAUGGUCCUGUUUGAUACUCUCAGCGAACACUGGUCACUCCGAAGCACUGUUUCUAUAGGAACAUUGAAUCUGUUUUUAAAAAGAUGUUUUAAUUAUCGUAAUUACAUAAUGACUGAUAUGAGAUAGAGGCCUUCAGAUACAUUCCAUGCUCUCCCCAGAAAGUAGUCUGCGGGAGUCAGUUGCCUUGGUGCCAGGUAUGUGUUCUAAUGUAGGUCAUGAGAUUUUCUACUUAAUGGAAAGGGGAAAUCAUUUGUUUCCAGCAUGGCUUUCUGGCCCAAAUACCAUGAAGCACUUAGGAAGCUCCGUUCACACGCUCUCUACCUUGUUAUACAUAAAAUGCACACAGCAGACAAUAAAGAUUUCUCUCUUCAGCUUUUCUUCCCAGUGAAUUUCAGCUUAUAUGGGUGUCUCCCUGUGAUAAUGAGCCAGGUUAUAUUUUCAGAGAUGAGUUUUUUCUUUCCUCUUUAAGGAGCUGGGGGUAUUACUCCAGGGUAGCACAGCAUUCUGCUGACAGUUAGCACCAACCCUACACUGGUGCUGCCUGGCGACUCGCUUUUCUCUUUGUGCCUAUGGCUUUGGGAAUGUAGCAUUUCCUUCUUCCUCCCCGUCCCCAUUCUUUUUCCCUCUAGCUCUCAGAUGCUCUUUAGGGACUGCGUUCCCCGUGGUCUUUAGACAUCGCUGGUGUGAUCAAUGCCUUUGCUGCACUCAGACAACAUGACAAGCCCUGCAGCUUGUGCCCUUGCCAGCUGGUAAAGAAGACUCGGAGUUCGCUCGUCUGUCCUGUGGAUGCUGCCAAGGAACCUCUUGAUUUCAGUUAGUUCUCCAGCCCGAGCCUUUUAACUGACUUCCCUGGCAGUGGGUGGCCUUCCUCCUGGUCAGAAACAAGCCUGCUCCUUGAUAAACCCACCUGCCUCACAAUCUAAAACCUGGUUUUGUCUCACAAUCCAAACAGAAAUGACUUCGCAUCUGGUUUCUUUCCCAUGUUAUCAUCUUUGGACUUAAAGCUUUUCCUAACUCUUUUCUUGGCUUUCAGUUACUCUUAGAUCUUUUGUUUUUCUCCUCUUGCCUCCGAGCCAUUUGCAUUCCUAGAGUGGAUGGUUUGGGGAUUCUUGCUGAAUUGCCGUGGUUACCCAUUGUCUUCUCUUUGUGGCAGAAAAUGACACAGCCCCCAGCAGGUGCAGGAGGGCCUGAAUCCGGGUGGAGGGGCAGAGGAAAGAGCCAGAGAGUAGGAAAGAGGACCGUAGUGUCUCCCACUCAAAGCCAGUGUAGUGUUUCACUUGCGGCAGCAUUCAUUUUGCACUUUGUUUAGAUGUGGAAGGCCUAGGUGAGGAACUAGAAAACCUGGCGGCAGCCUGCAUGCCUCUGCUGCUGGAGUUUUUCCUCGUCUGCGGAUACUGCCUGUAGCCUGAAGAUCUGUCAGGAGAGCAAAGCAGUGGUCCUGCAAGUCCUUCGUCUUUUCAGAGUGCGUGCAGAAUCUUCUUUGAAGAUUAUGUCCUUACGUAUAUAUGCUAAAGGCAAGCUUAUUCUUUUUUUUUUCCAUAAUGGUUCAUUGGGUCAUUCAGUACUCAACAGUUCAUUGAGUACCUGUGUGGUUCAUUGGGUCAGCCCUCAGACUUGGUGUUGAACAUAUGCACCAUUGCUUGGCCUGGUUCUUCGCUUGUUGGUUGUUUAUCUGCAGGCACUCAGGUCUCAGACCUUUCUGUGAGAGGUUCCUUAGGGUGCUCUGAGUUCAUGCCUGGGUCUGAGCCUGAGAUUGCCAGGUGAGCCUCAGGCAAGUUUUUGCAUGGCUCUUGUUUUGAGGAUAUUUCCAAAACCAAAAUUUCUUAAAUUUUCCUUUGAGGCACCAGUCACCCAUUCUUCAUCCUCAGUUUGUGUGGCAAUUUUUAAUUCUUUGGUUCUGCUAUUGCCCUUUCACAAGUGGGCUUUGAAUUUUGCCAUUUGGAGCAAUCACAUCCCCUUUCUCCCUCUAAAUUACAAAUGGUUCCUCCUCUGUUAGCUAUCAGGUAAGUAAGGUAAAAACCACUUUGCUGUUUUCCCUUUGCUCAAAUGCAUUAGGCUCUUCGGUUCAACCCUACUUCCCCAUGUCUCCCUGGACUACUUUCCACAGCCCUCCUUGAUGCUGGGUGGCUGUUUCAUCCACUGCCUCUGCCAUACUCCUUCCAUUAAAGUCAGGGGUUCUCAAGGUGGGAAAAACCUGUGGGCUCAGUGAUAUACCUACCUCCCUUUAGGUAAAUAAUAGAUUUGGCAGUCUGUCGUCUCAGCAUUUAUCUGUUGAUAUUUAUAUCAAUAUAAAUGGCCACCUGCGGGUGGCCAUUCUCUCCCCCAUCCUCCAUCUUCUCUGUGCCCCCAACCCUGCUCUGCGUGUUGUGCCAUCCUUCUGUUCUUCUGCUUCUCAUGCAGACUCUUAACACCAGGGCCCAGGGCGUGGGAUAGUACUGCUAGUAUCAUUUAGCUGUUUUGUGGAUUUAGAAGAAAAAUUAGGGGGGUUGCUAUUUCUCAUACUUAAAAUAUUUAUUUCCUCUAUAGAAAAGUAAAAUAUAUUUUAUGGUCCAAUCAGAAACCUCACACAUGAAUUUUAUAUGUUUGCUUGCAAAGUAGGGACCAGCUGUAUGUUCCCUUUAACAAGAUCUAGACCUUUUUUGCAUGUGACCAGCAAUGGUUUUAGUGCAGAAUAUUCUCCUACCUCACGUCAUGAGAGGCAAAGGGGUACAGGCCCUCUUCCCAAACUGUAAAUCUCCUCUCAGGCUGUUGGCCUUUCUGACUCUGCAGUGAGCACUGCCCAUGGAAUAAUGAUAUUCUGACCACUGGCCUGGGUCUCACAGAGUGUGUGUCAUUCAGCAGGUGGUUAUGAGUGAACACCAUGAGCCUGAAGUGCCAGCUCUGUGUUCUCCCCUGCCUCCACAGGGCGGUUUACUGAUGUUGAGGAACUGUACUUGGACUGUCUAGCAUGUCCAUUUGGCCCUAAAAUACCCAUUCCCGGUUCAGUUGUGCAGUUUAUAGUCACAGCUCUGUGCAGACAUGCGUUUCCUUAUAGAGCUGUCCUGGUUAAGAAUCAGUUCAAGAUGCUCCCCUUAACCCCUGUUAUCUUCCUAUAGUUUUGACAGUGUCUGGGAGAUUCCUCCAUGUAAGUCUCAUGGAUUACCCACCAUUUUUAUGUGUUUACAGUCUGUUUGGUGGGUCUGUUCAUCGGCUCAGAGUUGCACAGUAGGGCAGUCAGAUGUUUAAGGAAAGCAUCUGCCUACAGUCCCCUUUCCACUCUAGUGCCUUCCUUGAUCUUUUUACUCAGCUGCUUGUAUUCCUAUUUUCCUUUAUUGGGAGGUUUUCUUAUGACCCUUCUGGGACCUCUUAGCCAUCUCCCAUCCUGUGUGGAAUUGGUUUUCAGUCAUUCCACAACCUUUCUGCUAAUCCUGUGUCUCUUUAGAAGGGCUGAAGUUGUGAGAGGAGGAUGAGCACCUGUCUCUGGGUCCUGAUCGUCCACCAGUUGUUUGGUCUCCCAAGAGCCAGGCAGUGAGGUAGCCUGAACUCAGUUCUCAAAAAUGUCAGCCUGUAUCUCUAGGAGUAUGGAGCUGAGAGACCCUGGAACUUAGUGUAAGAGUCAACCCAUAAUUCUCCUGGAUUUUCGUGCCCUAGAAAUUCGAUCUGAAGUAUUCUCAGCAUAAAGCAUUACUCUUACUUUGAUCUCAGUAUACAUUAGCAGCCUCAUGUUAGAAAGGCAUGUUGCCACUUAAUGCAUGGAGGAGGGCGCAUAGUGGAAGAAGGUCAAGGCUGUAUGUUUGACCAUCCUGUUGAGCAGCCCUUCGGAUACAAGAAACAGAAGAAUUCAAGCAGAAGGAAGGAGGGAGUCAUCAGGAUGCAGACUGUCGCCCAGAACCCAGCGAAGCCGUACAGCUGAUUCUGCAUGGAGCUGAGAAACUUUGCAACUUGACCUUUCUCCUCCAAGGAAAUCUGUUUGUCAGUAAUAUGUGGCCCUGAAAUCGGAACCCUAGUCCUCAAGUCCUCAUGACCCCCCAGUUCUAGGGAGCAUCACUUUAACAGAUACCCAGCUCCUCUUGUUCAUAUUCUCAAGGAAGACUGUCAUCAGCCCAGCAUAUUGAUCAGGUGUGGACACCCAACCAGUCAGCCUUUGCCACACAGGGUGGCAGCCGCAUGUUAGUUCAGGCGGGAAGAAGGGGCAGUGGGAGGUUCUGACUGGAGGUGAGAGAGACCCUAAAUCAUUCUGGGUUGUCCAAAAAGUUCAAUCAGCUUCUGUGUGUGAUGUCAUGAUGUGAAAACCCAGAUGCGCUUCUUGGCCAAACCAAUGCUUUAGUAGUAAAGUUUACCAUACUGCUUUCUCGAGAGGGGAAAGGCAGGCGUGGGACUGUGUCUGGGACAUUGAAGAAACGCUUAGGUUAACGUUAACUUGGGUUACUGUCUUCACUGUUUCUUUAUGGCCUGUUUUUCUUUCCUUUAUGAGUCCUGGCAUCCAAGAUUUCUUGCCUCUUUCUUCAGGACCCGUUUCUCGUGUUCCAGAGCUAAUCUGUUCUUAGGUGACAUUUCUUAGCCUUCAUUUAAUCUCAGGUUUCUGGCUGUCUUUCGGUUUCUUCAGAGAGCAGAUCACAAAUCCCCUGUCACCCCUGCCCGUGGACUUCUGGGCGCUCUUCAGGUUUUAGUGCUGAGAACAUACUCAUUCUCCGGGCGCGUGGCCUCAGUCCUUCCAUGUCCUCCUCCCCAUCCUUUCAUCUAGUCUUUCCUCUGCAGUGAUGUCCUUAGGCAGGCCUUCUGCGGUACCUCAGAAACUACUUUGCAGUAAGAAUUUAUGGCAUUGGGACAGUUGCCAGGAUGUGAAUUAGGUAUAGAUUCCAGUUGAGAGUUGCUGCUGAGAGCUCUUUCGACAGGAUGCAUCUGUCCUCUCUGUCCGGUUGCUUCCUUUGUCGUCCUGUAGUAAAGCCUUUAUUUGUUGUUUUUUUAAAGCCAUGUUUCUGCUUGCCUGAAUCUUCUGAUCUUAUUUCUCUCAUCCCAGAGCCUGUCCCUUGUUAUUAAUGCAUUUCAUAAUUACUCAAAACUUUUUUAAACUACUGGAGUCAUUUGAUGUACAUCGAAGUCACCUAAUAAUCCAAAGAUACACGCUGAGGCCCGUGGUGAAGGUUGGGGCCUGUGUGUUUGAAAUUCCCUUCUAGGCUCCAGAAUUCAGGGGCAGAGGGACAGCAGUGCCUCUUGCCUUCACUGAGUCCUAGGAAGUCUGGGUUGGUUUCAGAGAGGGAGCACCAGUGUUUCUUGUUUCCACAGAGUAGCCCAGGAGUGAGUGGGGGAGUGGGGGUGGGGAGAGCCAGGCCUGCCUGGAGGCCCCCUGCCAGUCUUCUGGAGAACACGGUGCCAAAGGGCCAGCUGUUGACUAACAGACUAACAACUGUUUGGACAUCUUGCUGCCCCUUCCCUUGUUCAUUGCUUGAGAAAAAUGUAGCUGACCACUCGCUGUGUGUGUAGAGAGCAGAGGCUGAACGCCAACCUACUGAUCUGGCAGUGGAACAAAUCAGAGUUCUCAUGCCCGGCCCCAGAUUCUUAUUUGGCCCCCAAAAUGUGAGAGGCGCCCUUCACAAAUUCUCCUUCUGCCGCUGGAUCACUUUGGGAGGCCAGGGGAUCCUGCUCGGUACCGGCUGUCUGAGCCUCCCCAGGCCUGGCGCCGCUUUCAUGCUGGGUCCCCGCCUGGGGUAUGUGUAUGCCUGCACCCAGCGCUCUGACAUAGGUGCUAACGUGCCCUGUGUGUCAGUCCCCCCUCCCCACCUCCCUCUGACCGCGUUUUGUGGCUGAGGAAGCUGCGCUUACGGCUGUCUGGAAGCUGAUGAGGCAGGGGACUGCAUACAAGGCUGUAGACCACGUGUAUUCUCUUCCUUGGCUUCUUCCUUCUGCUGUCGGGGUGAGUGAGCCUGCAGGCGCCAGGCCCACAAGAGUGGAUGCCUCCUGACCUGCCUGUCUCAGCCUUGUUUUAGUGUCUUGGCCUUGGCCUCCUGCUGAAAUGUGUGGCAGGGGCGUGGCAGCUAGGAGGUACCUCCUCCCUCUGCUUUCUGGCUGUGGUGACUUGGUAUUUUUAACCUUAUAUAUCUUUUUCCUUUAUUCAAAACAAAACAAUUUUUAGCACACUGAAAAAAAAAAAAAACCAAACAUUUUGUGCCUUUCUAAGGCAGCACUGUAUCCCAGGCUGCAUUUUAGGACUUAAUAUGGAAAUACCAGAGUCUUAGCUCCUCUACCUUGAGUGUCAUUAGUUCUCCAGUCUAGGGGAGAGGAAGUGUCUCCGUGCGGCCGGGGUGGUGGCACCCAGGUGCAGCGGGUCAGCGGUCCCUUCUCCCAGCCCCAGUGCUGAGUUGGAAGAAAUGAGCAUUGUACCCCAGGAUGGUUUGGUUGGCUCCAGUCAGAAUCUUAAUUGUCAGGUUGGAUGUUCUGUACUCAGGAGGAGACAGAACGUUCCAUGACUGCCAGGGAUCCUCUGGACUGCCUCAAGUGACCCAGCCUCCCGAUCCCGUCAAUGACCCAACUACAUGGAACAGUGUCGGGUGGACUCCCGAGAAGAGGAGGUUAUGUCUUGUCUUUAUGCUGGAUCCUGAACUGGCCUAGACCUCCUGCCUCUCUCUUAAGACUUGGCUUUCCUUUCAUUUGAAAACUUCAGUCGUAGAGCAUUAAGCAGAUAGUGCCUCUGCAGGGGUGAGUUUUCCCCUGGGCAGGGUGGCAAGGACCACGUGCCGGAACAGAAGCCUGUCCUCAGUAUGGUGGCCACUGUAGAUCUCAACAACAAAAGUUUUCUGUAUAAUGAUGUUUUACUUGUCUCUUCCCCUCUUCUCAGUUCUUCCUUGCCUUUAACUUAAUAAAGAAUUGGGAGAUAGAAACAGUUCUUUUCAAAGUCCUCCUUUAUUCAGGAUUUUGACAUUCUUGGCCUGGGUGGGGCUGGAGAGAACUUGAUGCUUUCUCCAGAAUGAAGAGUCCCAUUUGUAUAUCAGUGUUAAAAAUAAAACAACAUGAAACCUUAGAUGAGAUUUUUGUGGACUAUUUUAAAAAUGUGUCAUUAAUAUAAAAAAAUUAUAUUAGCAGUAUUUAAUCAUUCUCACCUGUAAAGAAUAAAACAGAAGGUAAAUAUUCUUACAGAGAAUAGCAGAGCUUUAAGAGUCAUUUUCAUUUUAAGUCCAUUUUGUUUUGCCAAUGUAUUAAUGUUUAGAGGUUCUGUUAUACUAAUGUUAUUUAUUAAUUUUUUUCACUUCCAUACACAGUUAACUAAAGAGCUUUUUCAGGCACCCAUGUCUGUAAAAAAUAUUUUUAAAUAAAGUUUCUUUUGUUGUAGCA